CCUAGAGGGAAUCGCCAGUAUUUGUUGUGACUCCAGCGAGUGAAGUUGCUCUACGUAUGAAGUUGAGACUUAUAUCUCGUGAUUUUUCUCUCAACUUCAGUGAAAAAAAAAAAAGAUUUUCUGAGCACACAUUUUACAAGAAAAAACUAUUUAACGUCUUAUUCAACAUCCAACAGCAAAAUAACGCACAAAAUUGCACAUUAGGUAUUAAACUCUAAUGAGGCUAAUCUUCAUUAUAGUGCAAUCAACUUGCAUAAAUUAAAUCGAUCUGGAUUAGUCAAUUUUCUUCCAUUUUCGCGCGUAAAAGAUAGUUAGUGCAUGCGCAAAACAAAGUGAACUUUUGUAUGCAAAAGUAUAAUGCUUGAAAAUUAGUUUGGGCCAAUUUGCUUGUGGUGACAAAUUGAAAAUUCUUGACCCGAGGACAUUCAUCGAAUUGCUAUUUAAUUUUCAAGUUCAAUCAAGUGAUCUCUCCGCAAAGCACAGAAGAUGGGCAAUGUUCUCUGCAAGGAACGCGUCGAUCGAGCGAGCGAUUCAAAAAGUCCCAUUGACAGAGUUAUUGGACGAUGUGCUCAACUCUGUCCAAAUGCCAUGAACAGAAAGAACGGAGAGUCCUGGAAUAAACACAUAUAUGAGACGCGCCCCCAUCAGACACAGCCAACAAAAUUUGACGCAUUCAGGAACUCAACGCUAAAGCUCGAAGAUAGUACACCACAGCCGAAUAACAAAGUUUCCGUGAAUCCAGAAAUGGAUCCCAUAGAUCCAGUCCCUCCUGUCGCUCCUCCGCGAAAGAAACGUCCCUCAAUGCUGAGCCACGAAGGACGUAAAGUGAAAAAUGGCUUCAAAGACGUCUUCGGGAGUGACACACCCAGAAGAUUCUCCUGCGACAGUGUGGACAAUGCAGCUCGACCAAGGGAAUUGGGAGUGGAUGUGGAAGUGCCGCUGAAGCAGAGUCAGAGCUAUGAUUUCGACAGUGUAGGAUUUGCUGAUUUCAGCCGAGAACAGUCACCAACAAAUGACCUGGAUAGAAAAAUCCUGCCACGAGUUGGGAAUAAGAAAUCAGACAAAUUCUUCGGAGAGAAUCUCUCGGAUUGCCUUUCGGAUGAGUACGUGAGUGAUGAUCAGAAAUCUGAGAGUACCAAGAAGGAACCUCCUGAACCUCCCAAAGAUGCCAUUGAGAAGUUUGUGGAACAGAACAUUGCUCCAGCAGAGGCGGAAAAACCUCCAGAAAAGGAAAAGGUGACAAAGACAAACAGCCUGGACAAGAAAGCUGAAUUUCUCAUGGCAAUGCUGGACGGAUAUGUUGAUGAUGAAGCUCUGUAUGCUGGAAGGAUUCCAGUUGAAGAACCCAUCAUUGUGCCCAAACGGAAACAAACCAAACACAUCUGUGAUGAUGAUGAUCACAUGCAUCAUCAUUUCCAUAAGCAUGAAAAGCAGGAUGAUCGGGAGAACCAGGAAAAGAAAUCAGACACUUUAAAGUCCCUGCCUGGAGAAUUGGGUCCGAAGAAACCCGAGAGAGAUCUAGCUAGAUACCGCAGAUCAGUUGAAAAUCUCGAGGGAGCAUCAACGACGACGGAAGUGGAGAAACCAGUCAGAAAGAAGAAGAGUUUGAGCAGAGAAAAUCUUCCAAGUCCGCCACCUCGUCCUGAUAAAGCUCCUGAAAAUGUCACAAUUGUCGAAGUUGGCUAUCAAAGUACCGAACCUCCUCCAAUAUCCCCAAAACCCAAGCCCAUGAAGAAGAUCCCUUCCAUGCCAAAUAAUCUCGUCCUAUCCACAGUGGACAAGGCCAAAGAAUCAAAACGAUCGCAACUGCAAAAGUGUCAGAGUUCUGGAGCUCUUGUCCCGGAGGAUCUCAUGAGUGAGAUCAAGAGGAGAGUGUAUGAAUUUCAGGUGAGUCAGGAGUAUUUGCCUGAAGAUCACAGCCAUCAGACCGAUGGAUCAGACCUUGUGAGACCACAAUCAAAGCUCGAGAAACGCAAGGUGUCCGUGAGCAAGAAGACCAGCAAUGCCAGUUCAGUUGAUCUUGAUCCCAUUCCCGAUGACGAAGCCACAAGGACGAAAUUCUCAAUUGGCAACACCGAAGUCAAGAUCACAGAGGAAGUCAAAGAAAUGUCCAAGGAACCCAGAGGAUCUCCGGAAUUCUACAAAAGUGUUUCUGACAUGCUUCCUGAGAAACCCAUUGAGACCAUAGUGGAGAAGCCUGAUCUAGAAAAACCCAAGGAAUUCAAAGAAGCAUCCCCAUUCUCUGAGACACAUGUUUCCAGCCCCACCAAGAAGGAUGUGACCCAUCCCCCGGCCGAGGAAAGCGUCUUCAGCCAAAUCAGUCGUCAGAAAGCUGAAGAUAACAUUGAGAAAAUCCUUCAGGAUCCGGAUUUCGAUGUAAAAGCCAUAUCAAAUGUCUUGGAAGAUAUCUACGCCAAUAACAAGACCAUCUUGGAGGACUUCCAGGCCUUUCUGGAGAAUGAAGCAGACAGUCUCGAGGAUUUUGGGAUUGGCAAGCUGAACAGUGAACCAGCAAAGGAGGAAAAAGUUCAAGCGAAACCCCAGAAUGUGCCAGAAAUCAACGUGGAACGGGAGAGGAAGGAAUCAGCCUCGUCUGACGGAAGUAUCAGUGAUGAUAACUACUCGAAUCUGAUCAAGGAUACCCCGAAAGAGAAUGUUACCAACAAAACCCUCCUCGCUUUGGCCAACGAACGUGGACGCCGGGAAAGUAUUGAUGAUGUCAACAAUUGGUUUGAAAACCAUAUUGAUCAACCUCUUGUGAGUCCCAAGAUCCAGAACCUCCUUCAGGAAGCCCGGAAGGGACGCAGAGGAUCAGAUUUUUCGGUCGGCUACGACACCACAACUCUCUACCCCUUUGGAAGCCAUCCGACAAAGCGUCAUGGAUCGGAAUCUGAAGAAUUCUUCGAGAAGAUCCAUUUGUCAAAGAGUGCAGAGAAUGUAGGAAGGGAUAAAGUCGAGGCUUCUGAGGAAGAUCACUCGAAUCUACUAAAAUUCUUGAAAAGCGAAGCAGCUCAUUCCGAAAGGGCAAAUUCAGUGCCCAACGAUCGACCCUAGUUUUCUAACCCCUGCCCACUUGUACAGCAAAUUUACCAUUUCUGUUAGAUGAUGCAGUGCUUUAAUAAUAAAAUUACCUUUAUUUUAUCCUUGAA